AUGGGAUCACUUUCGACAACUCGACCCUCUUCAACAGUAUCCACGAUCCCAGAAGGCCAGCUGCCUCUCGAACCGAAGAUCACCCCAGGAUGGGCUGUCGCUGGUGUCAUUCUCUUGUGUGUCGGUAUCGUUUACACGCUCAUCGGCAUUAGACACCCGGUCAUGCACAACACCCUUUCUGUUGCCUUUGCAGCAGGCUUGGGCAUCACAGUGCUGAUUGUGUAUCUCGUUCCUUUGCCUGUCAGCAACGGCAGUCAGGGAGGAUUCGUAGUCGCCGCGAUACUCCCGGGCGUCGUGGUAGGCAUUGUCGCCUCCUUGUGGUUCAACGAAAUCACCGAGUGCUUUGCAUGUGGGCUCGGCGGCUUUUGCUUCAGCAUGUGGCUGCUGUGUCUCCACGAAGGUGGACUGCUUUCUGGCGUAGCCAAGGUUGUCUUCAUCGUCGUCUUCACGUUGGCGUCCUUUGCCACAUACUUUACCCGCUGGACCCGAGACUGGUCAUUGAUCAUCAACAUCUCAUUCACCGGAGCGACGUCAACCGUCAUUGGCAUCGACUGUCUGAGCAGAGCCGGAUUGAAGGAGUUCUGGGCUUACGUCUGGCACCUCAACGACAACCUCUUCCCGGUGGGUACCACUACGUAUCCUCUGACCAAGGGCAUCCGAGUUGAGCUUGCCGCCAUCAUCGUGAUAUUCUGCGCCGGUAUCAUUUCCCAGAAGAGGUUAUGGUCCGUCAUCAAGGAUCGGCGCACCAAGAGGCAGGAAGAAUUGGCCGAGGAACAACGCGAACGCGACGAGGAAGAAGUCAACAUCGGAAAGCAAAUCGAAGCCGAGAAUGCCCGCGAACGACGAGCUUGGGAGAGAGUUCACGGUGAUCAGGACUCCGGCUUCGCCCGCGACAGUGAAAGUGAGAAGGCAGUUCGGUACAGCCAGAGCGCCUCCAUCCGCGGAUCCGGACCUCGUCUGGUCGCCGAGAUGCAGGGCAGUGACGUGCCCCCUCCUGUCCCCCCGAAGACAACGACACAGGUUUUGAUGACCUCUGAAAAGGAAAACGACGGCACGGUAACAGUGCGAGUCGCCCCAGACGGAGUUCCCGCAGGUUCUGAUGCCGCUCGCGAACUGAUUGACGAGAAGCAAGCAUUGGUUCACACGACAGAGAUCCACGAUGAAAACGGUGCUGUUCCCCCGGUCCCGGAAGUGGUUCCGCUGCCGUUCAAGUUCCCGGUUUUCGACGAUAGCAGACCUAGGACCAGAGCUUCCACAGUCGCGACAAUUGCCGACGACGAUGAGGACCAGGCUGACGCUGUCAGCAAGCGAAGCUCCUUCGCUAAGCGUGUGUCUCAGGGAUCAGCCACCCUCAUGCGAAGAGUAUCUCAGCGUACUUCGGUAUCACGCCACGGAAACAUUCCCAACGAAGAUGAGGUGGCUGUCCUCCAGCACCAGCACCUGCGGAAGCCGACUGACGACUCCAUUGCUGCGACAAUCGAUUCCGAGAAUGACAGUGGCACGAGCACCCGCCCAGACGCCCGUCUCCAAAGCGUCGCGGUCAUCACCCAGUCUCAAGACGAACAGCCAGACAAGAGAGUCGCUGCCGCUGAGGCAGGAUCUUCUCCCGAGGAAGCCAUGGACUCGGAAGAUGUGAAGCCUCCUGCACCUUCACCCGAUAGCAAUGCGGCGCAACCUGCGACAGAAGUUUUGGAUGCCGCAAAGACUACAGCGGAACCUGGUGAGGAAGCAACCACGGAGGACCACGAGGCCAAGGACGCAGCCCAGUCCGCAACGCAUUCACAGAAGGCGAAAUCGACUGCCUCAAACCACUCGACACCCGUGAGCUUGACGAGAGAACACCUGCCAUCUGCCCUUUCGAACAUUGCGCUGCACUACAGGACGAAUGAGUGGGCGAAGCAUCUAAGCCACGCCGAAGCACCAGUACCGGAGACGCUGCCAAUAGUUGAGCAACCGGUAGACAAGCCGCAGCGCACGGAAAUCCCAGUGCCUGUGAUGGUGGAAGAACUGAAGCAGACAGCUUUGACUGCAACUCCUGCCCCGGUCCCAACACCUUCGCCAGGCCCAAUGCCUGGUGCAGGACCUGCCAGGGCAAUGUCAACUUUUGUUCCACCUGCGCGAACUCACUCAAGAAACAACUCUUGGGGCUCGGGCAUUGAGAGUGCCACCUCGCCGCCUCCAAUGAUGCGCCAGCAACCCAAACCCAACAUGCACCACCGGAGGAAGUCGAGCAAGAACCAGAUUCCAACCGUCCAGACCAUCGCAGAAGAAGGCAUCCAAAUGCCAUCCAGGUCUCCCAGUGUCGCGGGCGCUUCCGAGUACAUGCCCUACGCCGCUUCUCCCGUCACACCUGGAGGCUUCGUGCCUCCUCCCCCUCCGCCGGGCAUUGUGCCUUUCAGUAGUCCACAGAGCCUGCUCGCCCAGAGAAGCGUAACCCUACGCAACAAGACGUACGGCAUUCUGACCGGAGCCAGCUCGACGCCUGAUCUCGCCGCUGCCGCCCAACGCCCACCCAGCGAAGUGGGCUCUGUGCACAGUUACUCCGCGUACCAGCCGCAGAUGCCAGCAGCUUCUCUCGACGAUCUUCCUCUCAGCCAACGCAAGGAAAUCAUCCGUCGCCAAAGCAGCAUGGGCACCAUCAGAAGCUCCAUGUCGGAGAAGAGGUCGUCAAGCAACCCUUAUCUGCCGAUCACGUCCGCCGAGAAACUCCAAUUCGACUCUCACCAGCCAGUGCGGUUCUCAAACGCACCAUCGCAGGAAGCUCGUGACGCGAGGUUAGCCAGCUUCCGCGAUUCGGUCCAAAGGGAUCUGCGAGCGGGAAUGGCAGCCUCGCCAGCAGGUGCCAACGGACGUGACAUGACCAUGAUGUUCCGUGCCGCAAGCUCCUCCAACCUGGCCGCGGCUCAAGCUGCCUCUCGGGAAGCUGACAUGCAGAGGAACAUCGACCUGCAGCGCAGCUUCUUGAUGAGCCAGAAGGACGCAGAGGCCAAGCGACGGGAGAAGGAGAGGAUCGAGAAGGAGCGGGCAAACCAGGCUUUCACUAGUCGUAUGCAGACGGGUGAGAUGUUUGACUUGCAUCGCGAAGCCAUGAGGAGGAUGCAGCAAGGUGCGCGUGACUCUUGA